AUGAGUGGGCGCUCACCCAAUGAGUUCCUUGUACUAAUCUUGCGCAUUGCCAUGAGCAUGGGACUACACUCGGCAAAAGUGGAUGACCCCCAGCUGGGAAAGGGAGAGCAACAGACACUUAGUAUUCUCUGGACGUCGAUCAUAUACCUCAACUUGCAUCAGUCGGUCCUGACGGGAAUGCCAAUGUUGCUCCAACCACGAGAUUAUACUUGCGCACCCCCUCCCAGCAUCAACGGCUGUUCUAACCAAGCUCUUGCACUAUCGAAUCCGGAGGGGACGGAGACCUUCCAUGUCCUCUUCGAACGCGCCGUCCCACUCGCGUCUGAAUUAAUGGACCUUAGCCACGACCCGACUCGAGCAGAAACCUAUGAGGCUAUUAUGCACUGCACUGCGGAGGCCAGACACUUACUUCUCCAUGCAUUAGAAGCACUACAAAUAUCCCACCCGACGACCGGCGAGGGCCGGAAAGCCAUCAUGCUCGACAUUCUAUUCCGCAGGCUCCUCCUGUCCGUUCACCGCCCCUUUGCCCACGAUGAACGCGUUCCACUCCGCUAUCCUCUCUCGUACUGGACAUCCCUGGACUGCGCCCUCGCAAUUCUUGUCCACCAACGGGACCUCUGGGAAGCUCACCCGGACGACUCCUUGGUGAGCCGAUCUUUCGCCCGCCUCUUCUGGCCCGACUUCCUCGUUGCGGCCCUCACAUUAUCGCUGUACCUGCUUCGAGCAGACUCGCCGCUUGACCCGCCGCCGAGGAGCCGGUAUGGUGGCAUACCUGCGCGGGCCAUGCUACAAGAUGCGUUACGCUCGUGCAGGGAUAUCUGGCAAUUAGAGAAAGACAGGAAUGUCUGUCAUUCGCACGCGUUCAUAUUGAUUGAUCGUGUUGUUUCGGCUUUGGAGGAAUCAGGCUGUGAUGGUGUUCCGGCUUUGCGCCGCGCUGAUGUGGAGACUGCCCUUGAUGCAAUUGGCACUGGUCCACCGGGAUGA